UGCCCUCAACAGAAGCGCCUUCGCUUGCAGCUGUAGUCCAAGACCCUGGGUCUGUAAGCACGACUGACCCUGUAGGUGGGCCCGACGUCGAUCGAGCUCCAACGGCAGCGCCCACCUCGGCACCAACGUUUCUGGUCGAGGUUCAGGAGGCCGCCAUCGGUGCCGCCCAUGUUAUCUCUACCGCCUCCGUCGGAGGUGUGGUGGCGUCGACCGUGGCGACCGUCGUCGGUGGUUCCGCCAGUGGAGCGUCAUCAGUAAUGGCGGGGGGCGCGGUAUGUUCCGGAGGAUAGGAAUGGGCCAGGCAUCGACGCAGAGUACGUUUCGCAAUCCGUCGUCGACGAUGGCUUUUCUGCUUACGUCACAAGUUCAGUUUAUAGCAACGCUGUCGUUGGUGGACAAUACGGGAGCGGAGGAUUCUGCUCUCUCUGGGUUUGCCAACAUCCUCAGGUGGGUAAACUUGUGGCCAAGCGAAAGCUUCUCGGAGGGUGUUGCAUCAAGGAUCUUUCCGAGCGAACCCGACAAAAUCUAUGGAGAAGAUGAUGGUGACGAUGAUGGUGACGAUGAUACAACGAAGCGAGGAAUAUCGGUGUCAUUUACCCACGACCUCGGCUCGCUGUUGUUCAUGGGAAAUCUUGCGCUUUUUGCCGGGCUUCUGGUGAUCAUAUUUUCCUUGCAUAUCUUGGUGGCGUCGGCAAUUGAAGCGCACUGGCUGGCAAAGGUGAGGAACGGCCCUACAUUGAGUUGUAGGGAGGCUUCAAGAGCCCUGGGCCAUGGCCUUUCUUUGGGCGAGCUGUCCACCGCCCUCUUGGACACACGCUCCCAGCAGCCGAGUUUGGAUAGGGGCUCCUCAGCAGGGAGGCAGUCGUCAGAUACCGUCCAGUCGCACUCAUUGAGAGGACCAUCUACGCCAUUUCGGGGCAGCAGCGACUCGGGGGAUUUGGAGAGUAAUGAAGGAGAAGGCGGACGAACGAACGCGCGUCAGAGGAAAUCGAUGGGCCGAGUGUUGGAGUGUCGACAACUGUCGCAGUCACCGUGGCUCCAUUACCCGCACCUGGAACUCAUCUUUCUUUUCUUCGCCUUCGAGGGUGCAGUGACCUCACAGGUCUCAGCCUUGCGGAGUACAAGUUCUUCGAAGCUUUAUUACGCGGCCUUGGUGACGUUGGUGCUCUACCCAGUGCUGAUGUUUGCAAUGGUCGCGCGAACUCACAGGGUGAGGGUUCGAUCAGAUGCCCUCAUUGUGUUCGUGUCCAAUGAAAACCGCGUAACCUGGAUGGGCAAAAAAGAGUUUUUCUCUAAACUCCUUGCUGGUUCGAGAAAGGAUUUCAGCUUAUUUGCUUGGGCGGACAAAGGACAGUGGGAAACAGUUCAAACGUCGGACGUGAAUGCAAGACGUGAUGCUGAUUGGUUCCGGAUCGGGUUUGAGCCAUUGUUUGCCGACUUCACCCAAGCUGGAUCGUGGUUCAUUCUCUACACAUUGAUGGAGUUUUUCUCUAAACUCCUUGCUGGUUCGAGAAAGGAUUUCAGCUUAUUUGCUUGGGCGGACAAAGGACAGUGGGAAACAGUUCAAACGUCGGACGUGAAUGCAAGACGUGAUGCUGAUUGGUUCCGGAUCGGGUUUGAGCCAUUGUUUGCCGACUUCACCCAAGCUGGAUCGUGGUUCAUUCUCUACACAUUGAUGGAGGCGUCCCUGACCCCGAACGUUGCGGGUACUGGUUCUACUUCUACCGUUGAUGAGAUACAACCCGUCAUGACGUUGACCAUGUCCUCGGUCUCCCCUGGGUGGCAAGUCACCAAACUCCGGAAGGAUAGCCUUGCUAGAAGUACCAAAUAUACGAUCACUUUCACCGGAGCGCUCACGUGUAGGUGGGGGAACUUUGAGGUCUCUUUGAUGAAGUGGGCAUUCUUUGCGAUCGUUGGCGUGCUGGUGGACAACAGUGCGGUUCAACUCGGGUUAUUCUGUGCCAUGCAUUCGUCGACCUUCAUCCUGCUCGUGGUUUUCAAGCCCUUCGCAAACAGGCAGCGGCACGUGUCGCCAGUCAAUUUCGGGUUUGGUUUGCUGACCGCCCUGAUCCGCGCUGCACCGUCCCUUGCUUUUACAGCACUGGUGGUACCUCUCUACUUGGAUACUUGCGUGUCACUAUUGGGGGUUGUUCGAAGCAGGAGGGGACGCGUCAAGGCCAGAGAGAAUGAAGAUGAGCGCGCUGAGCGGGAGUUCAUCAUCCGUCGCACUCUCCGGCUGUGGGCACCCACCUGGUUCAGGAUGGUCGGCAACAACCUGUUCGCAUGUGUAAGGGAUACGAGAGAGGGUAUCCGUGACCCGACGGGCUCCAGGCUCCAAGCGCGUCUGCGAGCCGGGCGAAUCGGCCCUUAUCCCGAGUGGAACUUCAAACUACACGUACCGGUGGCUAUCGACCUGCCACGUCGCCGUUCUGGUGCUUCAUAUUGGUACGAGGAGCACGUGGAUGCCAAAACUGAGCAAUUCUCCUCUGGAAGACGUUCGAGCGGUGAAGGAUGGCCCAUGGAGAAUGAUCUACCUCUCCGUCGUUCGCGAUACUCUUUCAAUUCGCGUACCUCGUCCGCAAGCAUGGAUACGUCCGGCGAAAUGGCAAAGUCCGUGAAAAAGGACGAGCACCGAAGCUAUGGAAGGCAGAACCAAGGAGAUGCUACCGAGGACGAUCUGCCCCGCCGCCGUUUCUUUCACCCCUCGAUAUCGGGGAGUGUGGAUAAUGCCAUCGACAAACAGGCGAUCCAGGAUCAUGGCGUUGACACGGGAGCUAUUUCAGAAGUGCAAGAUCGAAAUCACGGUCGGGGUCGCACACCGGGAGGACCGACAGAGGAAGAUCUGCCGCGUCGCCGCCCGGGAUUUGCGCUUGCUCCAGGGGUUUUGGUUAACCGGGCCGACAACCUCCACGUCGUCCGGUCUGCUCCGGAGCAUGGUGAAUGUCAAACACGAAAAAGGGGAGGGCUCAUGGAGGACAGCUUGCCCCGGCGUCGUUCCUGUCUGUUCUCUGAGUUGGGAAGUUCGGAAGGUAGCAUCGACGAUCAUGGCCUGCCGUCAGUGCCGGAACACGAUCAUGGUCUGGAAGAUGCUGUUGAUGAGAUCGAUGCUCGACGUGGUUGGGAGCGUCGACGGGCAGGACCCAUCGAAGACGAUCUGCCUCACCGCCGCUCCGGUUCCUCCUCGACUUCUGGGGCCGCGUCACAUGAUCCCGACCACCCUGGUGUGCAGGCUAAGCACGAUUACAGCAAGAAUACACGGCCUACUGGAGACGAACGAGGUGAUAGACGUAGUGUAACUCAGAGAUGGGGCGAACCCGUCGAAGAUAGCCUGCCUCGGCGUCGGUCGGUUUUCUCUUCCGCUUCAACGGCUUCGGUGGACGGCAGUAGUGAACGCCAAAAGGAGUCCGUAUCGACGUGUGAGAAUGAUCUGGGAUCUGUGGUGGAUGAAAACAGCAGGCGUGGUUGGGGUCGGGUGCGAAGAGGGCCCGCCGAGGACAACUUACCCCACCGUCGCUCAGUUUUCCCUUCCAUGUGGGAUUCUGCCAAGGAUUCCAGAGGGCAUGGACUGCGAAAAUGGGGAGAACCCGUUGAGAAUGACUUGCCCCGGCGUCGGUCGUGGUUCCCUUCUGCUUCAACGGCAUCGAGCGGCAGCAUCAACGACGCCGGACUACCGUCAAGAACGGACCACGGAGAUGGUGCUUUGCUUGAUGCUGACGAGGACGGCCUCCAGCAUUGUCGAGGAAGAAAAUGGUGUGGACCAAUUGAAGACGGCCUGCCCCAGCGUCGCUCUAUUUCCUCUUUUGCGUCGACGGCGUCCGUGGGCAAUAACAAUAACACUGGCCCGCAGCCAGCACCGGAACUUGGGAAUAGUGCGACGUCUGCUGUGUGUGAGGACGGUCUGAAGAAUGGUCGAAGACCAAAAUGGGGAGGGCUCGCCCAGGACGACUUGCCCCGGCGUCGGCCGUGGUUUUUUUCUACUUCGACGUCAUCAACGAGCAGCAUCAGCGACACCGGACAACCUUCAGCGUCGGACAAUGGAAACGGUGGGACGUCUGGUGUCGACGAGAGCGGUCUUAAGCAUGGUCGAGGAAACGAAUGGGGUGCACCCGUUGAAGACGACCUGCCCCGGCGUCGCCCAAUCUAUUUUUCUAGGUCAAAGGCAUCGAGAAGCAACAGGAAUGGCAUUGGCCCGCAGUCAGCGCUGGAGCAUGGCAAUGGUGCAAUGUCUACUGUCGCGAAGGACGGCCUUCAGCUUGGUCGAGGACGAAAAUCGGGACGGCCCGUUGAACGCGACUUGCCCCAGCUUCGAUCGCGAUUCUCUCCUACUUCCACCGCAUCGAUAAGCAGCAUCAGUGAUACUGGCUUGCAGGCACCGCAGUCACCGCAGGGCCAUCAGAAUGGGGUGGCUCCCAGCAUCGACGAGGACGACGGUCUGAAGGAUGGUCGAGACCGUAAAUGGCGGGAACCUACUGAAGACGACCUCCCCCGGCGUCGGUUGAGUUUGACGUCUACGGUAGGGUAUGCGGUAGGUUUCCCCGACGAAUCUGGUGUGCAGAUGGGACCGGAGCAUGACAGCGGCCUGUCGUCUGUGGUCGAUGAAAGCGAUGGGCGGCACGGUCGAGGACAACAAUGGACAGGGUCUUUCCAGGAUGACCUGCCUCGGCGUCGCUGCAUCAGCUCGUCUCAAAUGGAGCAUGUGACAGAUUCCAUUCCUGCAUCUGACCGACAAGGAAGAUAUGAUCACGGUGACGACGGCUUGGGGUCGGUCUUUGGUGACAACGGCUGUCCAAGUGGUUUGACAGGUCGACGCCAAGGAGCGGUUCCAGGCAAGCUUCCGCAUCGCCAGCAAAACAUCGGCUCGGUUACGUGUCGUCUCGCCGGCACAUUCGAUGAACCAGUCCUGCCAGAAACGCACGAUCAUGGCGUUGCGCCACGCGCCCCUUCUGAUGAGGACAGGCAAAGGCAUCCUCGUACUGGUGUCGAUCUUCCCAAGCCUCGACGUCAUGUGUGGUGGUCGGACAUGGUAGAGGGCGGAACGCUCGAGCUAUGGAGUGAAACAUUACCUGCCGAGGCGGGUCUCCUUCGGGAAACCGGAGGGAGUCCGUCUUCCAGGACAGGAGACCAGUCAAGCGUGAGUGAGGGUCCGCCUGCAGAGGAACGAAGGCAGCCCUUCGAAUUGGCCCAGAGCAAGGUUCUUGAUUCGUCGGCGCCAGAUUCCUACACACUAUGCGCAAUUGGGGCAGGUUCGCAGGCCUCAAGAGUCCUUGCGGACGUGGGCAAGGGCAACAACCUCGUGGGUGGUAGCCGAACAUGGAGCUUAAACCGCCUGACACCGGUCGAAAUCUACCUGCCCCACCGCAAGCGGAGCAAGUUUCCCGUUUUUGAACAGUUGAUGGAUGCUGGUGACGUCACUGGUGGAAGAUUAAUGUCACAAGACGGAGACGACGCCAGCCGCCACAAGAGGAAUGAUAAUUUAAACGGCGAAAAGGACAGGAGUAUUGACACAUUUUCGAACGAGCUUCGCGGAACCCGAAAAGAAGACAGCACUCGCCGGCGUUUUGGUCCAGUGCCUGGGCACACGCGUAGGCCUACUGAGAGUACAGUGCCAAGGCGUCGUCCUAGCUCGUUCGCCGUUGGACACGAGGCUGGCGGAGGUUGCGAGACUCCCGGUUUUGGCGGAGUCGGCAAAGACGAAGAGAAAUAUACCGGAAAAGUCGUGGAUGCAGACGAAGACGUGAACAAGUACACUGAGCCCGUUCGCACGAGCGAGGGUUUAGGCUUUUUCCGAAUCGCGUGGGGACUUCCAAGAGGAAGACCCGUGCCCCUUGAUCUCCCAUGGCGUUCUACCGGCUACUCGUUCGAUUCAUCACAUGUUGUGGAUACCGCUGCUGAGGUGCCUUCCCCCCAUGACUGACCCUUCCCAGUGGGAGAGGCCAGCAAUGUUGAUUCGUAUGACGACAUUGCUGCCAAAUCUUCCCGUUGUUCAGAACAUGUUACAGCAUGUAGCAUAAUAUACGGCCACGUGCACGUUCCCUGGAUGGAUGGCCACUCAUCACCAAAUCAUCCUGGAAGAUGACCCUCGAUGUGGUUGGAAGCAGUUCAACAUUCCGGAAAAGGGUCGGGAGGGGUUGACUAGUGUGAAGCAACAGUACUUAUCUGGGUUCAAGGGCCGAGUUGGUGGGAAUCGGCUUUCCGGUAGAUGAGAGAAUCCACGCCACAAGCCCGUCCUUGUAGCUGCACCAUAUUAUACACAAGCGCCUUCCUAGGACCCCCGUUUUGGUUCGGCCGUGCUUGGUUUUGUUCGCCACGUAGUGUCAUGAAUUGUCUCAUUCCUUGGGGUUUGGUGGACUCAACUUGUUGUGCACACGUGGGAUUUCAGAGGCCCCCGCGUGCGAAUUGUCUGAUAAUUCUGUGAUGAUUCUGUGUUUCGGUUUGUGUGUUGAGUGUUGUACAUGUACAAUUGGCGCCACCCCCCCUCAGGGGAGUCUGGCCUGUUCCUGUUCAUUUUCUUCGUCUUUGCGUAUACACACUAGUCUUCGUCUUAGGAGGCCUAUGGCCUGCUCACGUGUGUGGCCUCGUGAUUGCGAAAGAAGGACAGAAAUCGUGUGUAUCAUACUAGGAAAAAAAUGGCUGCGAAUGCGAAGAGACGGGUGCAACAUUCGAAGUAGAAUACUACUACCCAUGAACAACAAGACACGACUCACCGACACCCAUAGCAAACAAUCCGCCUACAAGACUCGUCAAGCCUGUAACAACCA